ACUACUAUAAAGUUGGAGUAUCAUAAUUAUUUUUAAUUCUCUCAUAUUAUUCUACACAUCAUACCAAAAUAUUAGCAGUAACAUUGAGGAAAAAAAGGCAGAGAUGAAAGUCAUCAACUCAUCAUGAGAGACUGAGAGUGAAGAGAGUAAUUUCAUCACAAAUAUUUGAAAAGAUUCUCUCUUGAAAGCUACAGUUCCGUUUUUUUAUGGUGAGAGAAGCUUGAGCCACCGAGCCGGAGACAAACUACAUUUAAAGUAUUUGAGAAAUAAAGAUAGAAUCUGAGGCUUCUGAUUCUCACCACCCAAAUUAUCAAGAAAAAAAAUUCCACUCAAAGUUGCUGAGUUUCUUCACUCUGAUAGGGUGAAGAAACAAGUAGGGUUUUGUUUGGAGGAAUUCAUGGCUGAGUUAAGAGCAGAAUGUGACAAGGGUUUGAGAGGAAAAGCUCUGAUUUUGAUUGCUUUACUAGCUUUAGCUUGUGGGAUUGUUUCAGCUCAGGAGAAUCUUGAGCAAAUGACUACUAAAGAAAAUGGUGCCUCUGAAUCUGAUUAUUUCACAAGAAUUACCAGUUUCUUGAAGCAAAGUAGAGGCUUGCAAGGAAGACCUGUUUGGCCUGAUAUGGAGUUUGGAUGGAGAAUAGUUGCUGGUACUGUGAUUGGAUUCUUUGGUGCUGCUCUUGCUAGUGUUGGAGGUGUUGGUGGAGGUGGAAUUUUCGUUCCGAUGCUGGUGUUGAUAGUUGGGUUCGACCCGAAAACAUCAACUGCUAUAUCAAAGUGUAUGAUAACCGGUGCUGCACUUGCUACCGUCUAUUACAACAUCAAGCUCCGCCAUCCUUCCCUCGAUCUCCCCAUCAUUGAUUAUGAUUUAGCUCUUAUUUUCCAGCCAAUGCUGAUUCUUGGAAUUAGCAUUGGAGUUUUUUUCAAUGUGAUUUUGGCAGAAUGGAUGGUUACUGUCUUGCUCAUAAUUCUCUUCAUAGCUACCUCGGCAAAGGCUUUCUUCAAAGGCGUCGAAACAUGGAAGAAAGAGACCAUAAUAAAGAAGGAAGCUGCUAGGCGGUUUGCAUCUGACUCACAAUAUGAUGGAAGCGAAGAAGCUCCAUACAAGCUUCUACCAACAGGCGCCACUGAUGAAAAUCGAGUGAAUCUCAAUGAGCAAAAACCAUUAGAGGUUUCAGUUAUCAACAACGUCUCCUGGAAGAAGCUCGGCUUUCUAUUUGCUGUCUGGCUCGUCAUCUGCUCGCUCCACAUCUCCAGGGACUUUAUGACCACUUGUUCAGUUGCAUUUUGGAUAGUAACCUUAUUGCAGAUUCCAGUUGCAAUUGGAGCCUCAGGAUAUCAGGCUGUCUGCUUGUAUAAGGGUUGGAGCGUGAUUGAAUCCAAAGGACAACCGGGAAUUAACUGGACAGUAUACCAGUUGAUUCUUUGCUGUUUCUGUGGAAUAUUAGCUGGUGUCGUAGGCGGUCUGCUAGGCCUCGGAGGGGGAUUCAUCUUAGGUCCGUUGUUUCUCGAGCUAGGAGUUCCACCACAGGUCUCGAGUGCCACAGCAACACUGGUCAUGGCAUUCUCGGCAUCCAUGUCUGUUAUACAAUACUACCUCUUGAGGCGUUUCCCUCCAUCCUACGCCCUUUAUUUUGUUGCAGUGGCUACCUUUGCCGCAUUGGUGGGGCUCCACGUGGUCAGAAAGAUCGUUAAAAUACUUGGUAGGGCGUCGUUGAUCAUCUUCAUCCUCGCCUUCACCAUCUUUGUCAGCGCGAUUUCACUAGGUUGGGUUGGAAUCGAAAACAUCAUCGGAAGCGAAGACCGAGGGCAUGACUUGUGGUUUUACAACUUUUGUGAAUACAACAAGCCUUAGUUGCUGCCUCAAAAGACCAUUUCAUGUACAGACUUUUGUACUAAACUUUUGUCUUGUUUUUCCCUGUUGUAAGAAGCUAUAUUUAAGUUCUUGAUAAGUACUAAAAUCAAGAGUUAAUGUAUCUCCAACUACCCUCUUCUUAUCAUUGGACUUGUUACAAACUAAAUUUUAUAGAUAUAAAUAUAUAGGUUGUUUCUAUGCA